AUGCCGCUUAAAUUAUUUGGCAUUUAUGUUUUUUUUCUUAAGAUUAUAUUAAGCGCAUACAUAAAAUUUGCUAAAGAGUUCUUUGAAGCAAGCAAUAUCGAAUUAGGUGAUGUUAUAUGUAUAUUAGAUCAGUAA